CAAAUUUCUUAAACGUCACCCAAAAGUGGACAAAAAUUUGGAAAGUUUUGAAAAUUGUAUUACAAAUAGCCCUUUCAAAGAAUUUAAUAAUUUAGAAACAAACAACAGCAAAGCAGAAAUGUCCAACGAGGUGGAGGAAACGAUGAAGCGGAUUCAGUCCCACAAAGGAGUCGUCGGCGCGAUUGUCGUCAAUUCAGAAGGCAUUCCUAUUAAAACAACACUGGACAACACCACAACAGUGCAGUAUGCUGGGCUGAUAAGCUCUCUUGCAGAUAAGGCUCGCAGUGUGGUUAGAGAUCUAGAUCCUUCCAAUGAUCUGACUUUUCUCCGUAUCCGAUCGAAAAAGCACGAGAUCAUGGUAGCGCCUGAUAGAGAGUUCAUUCUGAUUGUUGUGCAAAAUCCUAUGGAUUAGAUUGGACCAUAUAUGUGUAAAAUGCAAAUUGUUUGGAAUUGUCAAUCUGCAGUUUUCAAACUUCCAAAAUCUGUUACAUUAAUUUUAUUUUAUUAUAUAUACUACAGUGCUGAAAUCUUAAAUCUGCUCAUUGUGGAGUUAUUUUGAUUCGGCGCUAUUUUGAAAAUCUGGGUAUUGAGACUGGUUUAAUUGAAAUUUAUUCAAGAAUGUUAUUUGAGUCUGGAAACUACAGAAAGUGACUGCAAAAAUACUUGUUCUUAAAUACACUGGAUUGUAAACACUUGUAAUAAUGAACACACUGUCAGGUUCAAGGAAUGACAAUGCUUCAGCAGUUUAUGUCACUGACAUUUAACUACUUCAAGAGCUGUUGUUCCUCGAAUGCACCCAUUAACUAGUUACUUGAUAUUUCCCAAUGGCAUGACCUAGGAUAUUGAUUUUCACUUGUGAUGGUUUAUAUUCUAAUUUUUAUUUAUUGUUGCACUACUUUUUUAUUUUGUACUAGAAUGCUUGAUAAUAAAUAUUCAAUAUAUUUUA